AUGGGCAACAUCCUGGGCGGCGAUGCUGCGGCGGCGAGUUCUGCGAGUCUCGCCACCGCGAGCCAAGUUACCGCCUCCUCUGCAUCGGCCGCAUCCAAAGCCAGCGCCGCUUCGCAGGCCACCCGUGCGUCGAAUGCCUCGUUUGCCUCGAAAGCGUCUGAUGCAUCGCGACUGCUGGAUGCGUCCAAUACGUCGAGUGCUUCGCGGGCCUCUGCGUCAUCCGUGUCCGCUGCGAAUAAUAAUUCCCAUGGCCCCAGCAACUCGAGUCCUGCCACCUUCCAACCGACCAGCGUCUCACUGCCCACCACCACCGCCGCUCCUCUGCCUCAAACGUCGUCCUCGUUGUCUGCUGGUUCUGCCGAGGUGGGUUCGUCUGAGCCGUUGUCCCAAGCCUCUCCAUCGGCGCCGUUGGCAACAAGCACAAACACGACGACAACAACAACAACAACAACAACAACAACAAUCCAUGCAAAUGUCUCACCUUCACCAACAACCCCCUACGAACCGCAGCCGUCGACCGCUGGACCUGGCUCAGAGCCGACACCCUCGGCGUCACCUUCACUGGUCAUAGAUGAUUCACCGGAUGCGACAACCGACGGCACCUUGCCACUGUCGACGACCGAGUUGCAGUCGUACGGUGCGACACCUGCUCCCUCCGAAUCGGGCACGAUCGAUUUAUCAGCUACAUUUUUCAAUCCGAAACCCGUUACAUCCUCUGUCCAGACGACGUUCGUCAACCCGCUCACCUCGUCGCAAACCAGACAGUCGUGGCCUAUCGGCGCCUCAGAGUCGAGCUCAUCCAUCGUGCCUUUGGUUGGGUUUACCGUCACCGGAGUGUUCUUUUUGUUCGUUGUCCUGUUUGCCGUGCUCGCCGGACGCCACCGAGGCCGCCAGCUCGAGCGACGCAAAAGCCGCCGUAAAGAAGACACUGCCAGUGAUAGCAUCCAGCUCCCGACUCGCCGCGUGUACAAGUAUCAUCACGGUGACCACGACAAUAUUUCAAUCGGCAGCGAGGAUUACGAACGUGCCAGCUUUGUGAGCAGCAGCUUCUCGGACGUGAGCAACGUUCGUUCUCGGACACCCUCGGGCUCGGAUCCGCGCAGCAGCGUGCUGAACAACAUUGUUGGCAGCCCUCGCAGCAGCUUGCUCUUGUCCAGCGAGCCGUUCGAGUUUCAGACGGGUUCUGUGCACCCCACGGCUUCAACCGCCUCCAAUCCUCUGGCGAGUCAUACCUCUGCCGUGGCUAAACCCAGCUCUACCGAGGAUGGCCUUCAGAAGCGGAUUGUUGCACUUGAGCAGCAGCUUGUGCAAGAGCAGUCUGCGUUCAAGUUUGUCCAGGGUCAGCAUGAACGCACCGUCGCGCACAAGGACGCGUGUCUGCAUGUCGCUCAAGUGGAGCGAGAAUUGCAAGAAACAGACAUUGCCAAGCUGCGUGCCGAGCUUGCAGCCAAAGAUGCCAAGUUGCGCGAACUCGAGCAGCGCAUGCGCGCAAUGGAGCAGCACGCAUCUGCGGCUCCGCCCGCGUACAGCCAGACCCCUACCUCGGCGUCCAAGCGUGCUGAAGCCGAAGCGGACGAGGUGUAA